UUCUAAGGUUCGAUGUUCUUCGCAAUUCGCAUCGCCCUUGUUUUUUAUCGCAUUUCAGUGCGACACGAACAUUUUGAAUGAAAAUAAACAGGAAGAAAUCUGCUUUUCAAUCAAGCAUCCGGAAACGUACUCAUACAACGAUCAAUCAAUCCACUCACAACCGGAGAGAAAAAGCAGACACCAAUUGCUGGCAAUGCAGCACUCGAAGCCUGUUUCCACGGUGACAUACUAUCAACUGUUUGGGCUCGUAUACCAUCUUCUCGUAUCUGCUAUUCAUCAAUCAGUUGAGUCGGUAGAUUGCUUUCAUCCGAAGCACAGCUUCAAUCCCCAAGAUCCCUGGUUCUAACAAGGAUUUUAUGGGGUCGCGAGAAGUUGUCGUGUUAUCGCAUGACCGCGAGUGGGACUAGUGUGCCUUGGCAAACGGUCAACUAUCGUCACUUCUAUGACUUCAUUUUUCUUCCAACAAUGAAAUUCGCCCGCCCCAUCGCGUUCCAUCCUCCUAAUC